GCCUCCUCCUCCGGGUCCCCACUCGCUGGCGCCCAAGUGGGAGGGCGGCAGCUGCCCGCUCCCUCUUGCCUACACCCCCGCUACCUGUGCCGUGCCCCCCCGAAAGGAAGCGUGCGGAGGCUUCGAGCCAGCCCGGGGGAAGGAAGGGGGUGCCGAGCCCACAACUUUGCAGCCUCGGGGAGGGAGGGCGAGAGCCGGCGUCCGGGGCUCCUCUUGCCGGCGAUCCCGGAGGCUCGGAAUGUGAUCAAGAAUGCUGGCCCUGAGACUGCUCAACGUGGUGGCCCCGGCCUACUUCCUGUGCAUCUCCCUGGUGACCUUCGUUCUGCAGAUCUUCCUGUUCCUGCCCAGUAUGCGGGAGGACCCCACGACCACCAGGCUCUUCUCACCAGCUCUGCUCCACGGAGCGCUCUUCCUGUUCCUCUCCGCCAACGCCUUGGGCAAUUAUAUCCUGGUCAUCCAGAACUCUCCGGAUGACGACCUGGGCACCUGCCAGGAGAUCUCAUCCUGGAAAGCUCUGUGUCCACCACCCAGCACCCACUUCUGCCGAGUGUGUGCUCGGGUCACGCUGAGGCACGACCAUCACUGUUUCUUCACUGGGAACUGCAUCGGCAGCAGGAACAUGCGCAACUUCGUCCUGUUCUGCCUGUACACCUCGCUGGCCUGCCUCUACUCCAUGGUGGCUGGUGUGGCCUACAUCUCUGCUGUCCUUUCCAUCUCCUUCGCCCAUCCCCUGGCCUUCCUCACGCUCCUGCCCACCUCCAUCAGCCAGUUCUUCUCCGGAGCUGUCCUCGGUUCUGAAAUGUUCGUCAUCCUCAUGCUCUACCUCUGGUUUGCUGUGGGCCUGGCCUGCGCCGGCUUCUGCUGCCACCAGCUGCUGCUGAUCCUCCGGGGACAGACGCGCCACCAGGUUCGAAAGGGGGUGGCGGUGAGGGCCCGGCCCUGGCGCAAGAACUUACAAGAGGUCUUCGGAAAGAGGUGGCUGCUGGGUCUGCUGGUCCCCAUGUUCAACGUCGGAAGUGAGAGCUCGAAGCAGCAGGACAAUUAGCAGGCAGGCACUCCUGUCAUAUCUCUCUCUCUCUCUCUCUCUCUCUCUCUCGUGUGUGUUUAUGUGUGUGUGUAUGUGUGUGUGUGUGUGUGUAGGUUCCUCCAGCACGUAAGACCACAGCACCCUUGUCUACCCCCAUGAUCCACUACAAGGCUGAACCUUGCACCCAACCCCGGUCUUCAACUCACAGAGCACACAUUAGCAGGUGCACACUGACAGGAAGGGAGGCAACAUGGCCACCCAGGCAUUGCCACACCAGCCAGGUGGCUGCUAACUGUUAGUGGCUUCUGCUUCCUUUUCUCCUGGGGAGCCCUUCUUUCGCUCUCUCCCAUGUCUCGUGCCAUCACGGCUUCUGCCAGAGCUCUUCCCUUCAUGUGGGUGGUAGCGGUGCAUUCCUGCUACUCGUAAGAGAGUCCCCAGACCUGGAGGCUGGCAAGUGCGUAGAAUUACCAUGCAUCAGCAAGUCAGCUUUGCCAACUGUGAGUGAAGAUGGGAAGGGGUGGGGAGGCGUCUUUAUCCUCUUCAUAGGUGGGGGUGGGCAGCGAGGAAGGGAGCACACACCCCCUCCAGCCUCAAGGCCAUUUCUCUGGAGGCAGCAGCUAAUGCUCUGGUGUUUUCAAAUGCUACUUCCUGCCUGCCCUGCUCAUGCUGGCCGGGCCAAGACCUGGCUGGGGGCUUCCCUUCCCCCUCCAGCCUCUCCCUGCCAUAUCCAGGCUUCAGGGAAGGCGGCGAGAAAAAGCAGAGUUGCUAAUAAGCAAUGAGAGCAGCAUGGUUUCUAUAUAACCUUGUAUAGUGAUAUCGAAAGGGAUGUGAGUGUGUGCGUGGACAUGUGUGUGCUUGUGAAGGGGGGAGGUGAAAGUGAGGAAUGUUGUGGUGAACACAGAGAAAGGGGGGAAAGUGGGAGGUGCAAGUAGACUCCCUUAUGCUCUGCAUAAGACAUUGUUGCAGCUGAAGCUGCUCAGUGCUUGAAUACUACGCAGAAAGGCAGUGAGCAUUCCACCCAUGGAGUGACUUAAAAUGCUUUGGGUAUUUUAGGAAGAUCUAGGCAGUUAUCUACCUGGCACGCUAUGCAAGUGAUUUCUGCCCAGGUUCUUCUAGAGGAGUUUAGAUCCUGUCCCCACUGUGAGAUUCUCAAGUCCCCUUGGCCAUUGCUGGGCCCCGGGGACAAAUCUACAGAGACACCUGGGAGUUACGUGCUUUCAUAGACAGCAGCAUAGGUGUGUGGGAGGGGACUGAAAAUCAUAAUGGGCACUUUGGGGACUGACCCAGCCUAGCUACUCAGGAGACUACCUGGGUGUUAGCAGUGGCUGAGGAGACCCGCGUUGGGGCACAUGGAAGUGGAUCCGUGUUAGGGCCAAGUAGGAGCAGGCUUGAGGGGCGGAAAGCUUGAAAAGCACUCUCAGCUCUAGGGGGCCUCGGGAGUGCGAAGGCUGGGGUGGGAAUGACCAGAACAUGAGGGUGCAACUGCCAGCCCAUCCCCACUCUUCGGAAUGGCUUUGGACGGGGGCAUUGCUAGGUGUUCUGGGACCCAGAGAACCAGGGUAUAAAAUAUGCAGGGCAGAUGAAGGAGUGGGACAAGGCCAGUGCCCUCUCCUGACUGAGUCCCAAGGCCAAUCUGACACCCAUACGGGCAGCACAGCCGAAACCCGUGCCCUGUUGUGUUCAGUGGGUAGCCACAGUGAUCCCAGCCAUUGCUGCUCAACACCUGGAAGCUGCUAGCAGAGCUGGGGAGGACUGUGCCCAGGGCCUGCUUUGACGCCCCUAGGGGGCCGAUGUAGCAAUGGGGUCCCUGAUCACACUUCACCCUGCAGUCGGUAUUCAUUCUUUCAGUCAUCCACUUGUUCAUCCGACAUAGAUUUAUCAAGCAACAACCAUGGGCCAAGUCGCGGACACUGGCAACACGGUGUAAAAAGGAUGACAAUAUCCCUGUCAUCAGGGUCACUUUGCCACUGCCUCCUGUGUACUGACUUGAACACUUAAAUAGUCACUGUGACAUUUUGGCGGGCAGGCCACUUGGCAAGGGAGGAUGUAGCAAGGAGGGCUGAAGAGAAGUCCAGGAUUCUUCAACUGAGGAUCUGCUGGGGGGUGCCCUCACUCCCAAUUCUGGCCACACAUAUGCAGUAGGAAGGAACUGAAGAGACUUCAGUCACUAACCCUCAAGUUCAAGCUUGGAAGGCAGCCUUGGCCAGGCCCAGGACUAUGGGGCCUGACAUCCCAGGAAGGGAUAAAAGUCAGACUCGCUGUGGGAAAGCUUCUUAAACGCUUACUUUUCAGUGAGGGGGGCAGUGGGGAGGUUGGGAAGUGUGGGACUUGAGUAUCAUUUGUGCCCAGGGCCCUCUAUUGUCAAUGGCAAACAUCAAUAAAAUGUGUGGUUUUAGAUUGGA